AUGACAACUGAAGGAGGAGUGUUGGUUGAAACGUCGACCACGCCUGAACCUGAGAAACAGAUCACUACCGAACAAUCAGUUAAACCAGAGGAAACUGUUACGAUAACUGAGGCGUCAACAACUGCCAAACCAGAGGAGCGAGUUACUACACAAACAGCUGAACCCUCAACUUCAAAGAGCAAGCUUCCGCUGACAACAGAGGCUUCAAGUACACUCAAACCUGAGGACAGAUUUACAACUGAGGGCGUGUCAGCUGAAGGUACAACGACAGUUAAACCUGAGCAGGAGGAGGUCACAAAGAGUUCAAUUGAUGAGUUGCCCACGGCAAAGGCAGAGCUACCAGUGACAACAACUGAAGGAGGAGUGUCCUCAGAGGCGACCACAACUUUGAAACCUGAUGAGCGAGUACCUGCUGAAGCAUCAACGACACUCAAACCAGAGGAAAGAGUGACCACUGAAGGUGUAAUUUCUGAAGCUUCAACAACACCCAAACCUGAGGUUGUAGUGACAACAGAAGCUGCAGUUUCUGAACUGCCAACAUCAAAGGCAGAACUUCCUGUGACAACAACUGAAGGAGGAGUGUCAGUUGAAACUUCACCAACGACAUCUAGGCCAGAAGGCGAAAUAGUCACAGAGAGUGUACCAUCUGAAGCACCGACAUCAAUCAAACCUGUUGAAGGUGUGACCACGGAAAAGGAACCCGAGCUGUUGGCAACUACUCCAGUUUCUGAGGAGAGAACGACAACUUCCAAACCUGACCUUGUGACUGCAACUUCGACUGAACUUCCUGUCACAACUGAUGCAGUGUCUUCGGAAGCUACAACGACCACAAAGCCGGAGGAGCGAAUAACCACUGAAUCAGCGACAAGCGAGCCCAAGGAGAGGACUACCACAGAAAGUGCUGUGUCUGAACUCCCAACGACAGUCAAAUCAGAGCUUCCAAUGACCACUCUGUCACCAGUUUCCACAAGCUCUGAAUCCGCUUCUACUUCAACUGUGAAGGAUGAAGGAGAAGUCACUUCCAACCCAACAACUCCUGAACCUUCUGCCCAGCCAUCAACGACAAUGUCUUCAAUACUCGACUCGAUGAUCACCACUGUCAAGUCCAUCUUCACAACUCCCUCUCCAGCUGAUGAAGUGUCCACUGUCACCUCAGAGGAGCCCGAGUCAGUUACUCAUGCCACUCUUGAGGUGUCCACUCCUGAAGAGAAGGACUUGAUUGAUAGAGUGACUGAAACGGCUGAGCAGGCCUCCUCUUCUACGACGUCAGCGCCAGCAACUGAACCACCAGCAACUGAUGGAGUUCAACCAGAAAUGCCCACUGUACAAUCAGUCUCAGAAAAGGAGUUGCCUUCUACCACGACGUCAGCACCCGAAUCAUUCACGUUAUCUGCUGGAGGUGACGUGGAGACAACCACUACAGAGAAGGUGCCUAGACCUCCCCCAGUUUCCGCCUCUAUCACCACCACCACCACUACUGCUCCAGAGUCGACUGUGAUAAGCGAGACGACGACGACGACAACAAAGAGUCCUGUUUCAGAAAAAGAGGAGGAAGAGGUGUCCACUGUUUCGACGUCCUCACCGGAGACAACGACAUCGACAGAGACGGCCAAGGAGGGUGAUGAGGAGGUGACCACAAAGGCUAGCAGUAUUCCACCGGUUUCAGUCUCUAUCACUACCACUACUACCCCAGAGUCAAUUGUGAUAAGCGAGACGAUGACUACAACAACAAAGAGUUCCGUCUCAGAAGAGGUGACCACACAGAGACCAGUUGAUGAGCUGCAAACGGUAAAGGCAGAGCUACCGGUGACGACAACUGAAGGAGGAGUGAUUUCUGAGGCGUCAACUACAACUGUCAAACCCGAGGAGCGAGUGACCACUGAACCAUCAUCGUCAGUUAAGCCUGAGGAAACGGUGACGAAAACUGAGCCAGCCAUCUCUGAGCUUCCGGUUACGACUGAGGCAGUUCAGAGAGAAACUUUGACGACACCCAAACCAGAGGAAAGAGUGACCACUGAAGGUGUGCUUUCUGAAGCAUCAUCGACACUUAAACCUGAGGAUGCAGUGACAACAGAAGCUGUAGUGUCUGAACUGCCAAUAGCAAAGGCAGAACUUCCAGCAGUGACAACAACAGAGGGUGGAGUGCCUUCUGAAGCGUCAUCAACUGCUAAACCUGAGGACAGUGUUACGACAGAGGGCGUCUCAUCUAAAGCUCCAACGACAGUUAGUUCUGAGGAAAAGACAACAAAGGGUUCAGUUGAUGAGCUGCCAACAACAACAAGAGCAGAGCUUCCGUCGACUACAACAACUGAAGGAGAAGUGUCAGUUGAAGCGUCAACGACAGCCAAACCAGAGGAGAGAGUGACUAAUGAAGCUGGUGAACUGCCAACUGAAAAGAGCGAGCUUCCAGUGACAACGGAAAGUGCUCAAACAGAGACUUCAACGACACUUAAACCUGAAGACAGGGUAACGACUGAGGGCGUGUCAUCAGAAUCUCCCACCACAAUCAGACCUGAGGAGAAGACAACAAAGAGUUCGGUUGAUGAGCUGCCGACAGCUAAGGCAGAGCUUCCAGCAAUGACAACAACUGAAGGAGAAGUGUCAGUUGAGGCACCAACGACUGUCAGACCAGAGGAGAGAGUCACUGCAGAAACAACGACACUUAAACCAGAGGAGAGAGUGACCACUGAAGGUGCAGUUUCUGAACUGCCAACAUCAAAGGCAGAACUACCGGUGACGACAACAGAGGGAGAAGUGCUGAUUGAGGCUUCAACAACUGUCAAGCCUGAGGAAAGAGUAACUGAGGGAGUUUCAUCUGAAGCUCCAACGACAGUUAGACCUGAAGAAGCAGUGACGACAACAGAGUCGGUCAUUUCUGAGAGUCCUGUUACGACUGAGGCUGUACCGUCAGUUUCAGAAAAGGAGUUAGCGUCUACUUUGUCGUCCAGGCCCGAUUCAUCCACGAAAACUCCCGAGCCAUCUGUCCAGUCAUCAACGACAAUGUCUUCAAUACUCGACUCGAUGAUCACCACUGUUAAGUCUAUCUUCACAACUCCCUCUCCAGCUGAUGAAGUGUCUACUGUGACUUCAGAGGAGCCCGAGUCAGUUACUCAUACCACUCUUGAGGUGACCACUCCUGAAGAGAAGGACUUGGUUGAUAGAGUGACCGAGAAGGAGGAGCCCUUCUCUACGACAUCAACCACGCCAGUUGCUGUGCCUGAAAGAGUUCAACCAGAGGUAUCAACAACAGCAGAAGUCUCAGAAAAGGAGUCUCCCUCUACGACAUCUAGACCAGAAUCUUCAACACUAGCAGCUGAUUCCACUGAGGGAGUUCAGCCUGAAACCUCUACUACUCCAUCAGAAAAGGGUGAACUUCCUGACACUACAACAGAAAAGAGUCUGGCAACAGAAAGUGAACCACCGUCUACAACGCAACAAACAGAGGUUGUAACAACAAAGAGUCCAGUUGAUGAGCUGCCAACAGAGGCAAAGGCAGAGCUUCCAGUGACAACAACAGAAGGAGAAGUGUCAGUUGAGGCGUCAACGACUGCCAAACCAGAGGAGCAAGUCACUGCUGAAGCAACGACACUCAAACCAGAGGAGAGAGUGACCACUGAAGGUGUGCCUUCUGAAGCAGUAACGACAUCUAGACCAGUGGAUGGUGUGACAACAGAAGCUGCCAUUUCGGAGCUUCCAGCAGCAAAGGCAGAACUUCCAGUCACUACAGAAAACGUGAUUUCUUCUGAGGCUUCAACAACAACUGUGCGGCCAAAGGAGCGAGUGACCACUGGGCCAUCGUCAUCAGUUGAACCAGAGAUAACGGUGACGACAACAGAGUCAGUAAUUUCUAAGCUCCCAGUUACGACUGAGGCAGUUCAGACGGAAGUUUCGAAAACACAAAAACCAGAGGAAAGAGUGACCACAGAAGGUGUGCCCUCUGAAGCGUCCACAACACUCAAACCAGAGGAUGCAGUGACAACUGAAGCUGCUGUGUCUGAACUGCCAACAUCAAAGGCAGAGCUUCCUGUGACAACAACAGAAGAAGGUGUGUCUGUUGAAACAUCGACCACGCCUGAACCAGAGAAGCAGGUGACCACCGAGCCAUCAUCAUUGUCAGUUAAAUCCGAGGAAACUGUGGCGACAACUGAGGCUGCAUCUUUCGAAGGGCCUACAGCACUGAAACCCGAUGAGCGUGUCACUACUGAGUCAACUGCCACCUCGGAACUCCCAACUGAAGGCGUGCCUUCUGAAAUUUCAACAACUGUCAAAUCAGAAGAGGCGACAUCACAGAGAUCCGUUGAUGAGCUACCAACAGCAAAGGCAGAGCUACCAGUGACAACAACUGAAGGAGAAGUGUCCUCAGAGCCGACGACAACUUUGAAACCUGAUGAGCGAGUUACUGCUGAAGCAACGACACUUAAACCAGAGGAGAGAGUGACCACGGAAAGUGUGAUUUCUGAAGCAGUAACGACAUCCAAACCUGAAGAUGCAGUGACUACUGAAGUUGUUGUUUCUGAAAUGCCAACAUCAAAAGCCGAGCUUCCAGUCACAACAACAGAAGAAGGAGUGUCUUCUGAAAUGUCUUCAACAACUGUCAAACCAGAGGAGCGAGUGACCACUGAACCUUCAUCGUCAGUUAGACCUGAGGAAACGGUGACGACAACUGAGCCAGUCAUUUCUGAGCUUCCAGUUACGACUGAG